UCCUCUCAUUGCUCUUUAAUGGUGAUUUUAGUUAAAAUUCUUGCAUAAUCUGUUCUUGAUUGAUUUUGAACUUGAAUUAUGCCCUUUUUUGGGGCACAAGUUCGUUGACCUAUUUAAGACCAAUCGACGAAGUCAAUUUUGAGAUUUUCAACGUACAUCCCAUAAUUUCAUUUUUUUUACUCGAUUUUAGAUCCAUCUCUAAUUGCUACAAUUUUGGUGUGUAAAUAUUCGUAUAAACAUUGUGAUUGUGUUUUUGAUAGUGUGGCAGGGAUCGAAGACCGUUUGAAAGGACAAAGCUCCAAAAUUGUGAUUUUGGAGGGUGCGCGAUUGGUUUUGAGGUAGUUUAUGAGUUACCGGACUUUAGAUUGAGCUUGUGAAUAUAAAUUCAUGUUUAUUAGCUAGAAUUGGAGAGGGUUUGUAGUUAUUUCAUGCUCUUUUUUUUCCGGGAACAGACCCGACAUGAGGCUCCCACCUUUCGUGCACAGCCAGGGGUUGAGCAGCACCCCAAGCCUUAUUAUACAUAAAAAUAAAAAAUACAAGGAAGGGAACAUAAACCUUACCUUCAUUCUUAAGUUGGUUCAUAAGUCGGCUAACCUACUAAGGUCGGCCAACUCAUCCCCGAUACAAUACAGUGCUUACUAAAUAUUAGAAAAGCGUUAAACCUAUGAGAGGACUCCUCUCGGUACAAUGCGAUUAAGAAAAAUGUAAAUGAGGGAGACUCUCCGCUUCCAUGUAAAUACAAGAAAGAAACCUACACUAGUCCUAUUCAACUAAGCUACAUUCAAUACAUAGCUAAAUUGAAGAAGAGUAAGUAUAUGAAACUUCCGAUUUCCAUGGAUCGAGAUUGUUCAUGUUAUCGUUGUCCUUCUUAAUCUUUUCAUACCGAGUUUGUCCAUGAGAUGCGAGUGCGUCAUGCAAUGAAAAUACUUGGUGCUGCAGAUUUGGAUAUGUUAAAAGUAUACAUCAUUAAUGGAAUUUAAGUCAGCUAACUUUUUCAAAGUCGCUCGACUAACGUCUCCAAUUAUCCAGUCGACCUGUAACUUUUUGGGCUUUGCCUAUGUUGGAAAUUACUGCUACUUGCAGCAUCGGGAGGUAUUUUAGUGUUGCAUGUUGCAUGUUGAUGAGUACUGUUGAUUGUUGCUGUGGUUGUGUGUUGCUUCUGGCAACUACUGCUGCUGUAGAGCUUGCUGCAGAGGUUGUUGGUGUACAUUUGAAGAGCUCCAGGAUCAGUUGCUUCAACUCCAUUCACAAGGGGCAAAGUUGAAUUAGCUUUGCAUCCCAGACAGCAUAUGCAGUUGCAGUGUUGGAAGCUGAAGGUCUUCUCCACAGCAGGAUCUUGAUGGUUGGCUAGUGUUGUUGGAUACUUCAGCUUCAAGGUGGUGUAAGUUGGUGUAUACCUGCACAAAUUAAACAAACAAGAAGAGUGUUCUCAUUGUUGGUUCAAAUGCUGCAGCUUUACAUCCUUCUUGCAUCUCCAAGACAAGUUCCAAGUUGUCAAAUGUUGAAUCAUGCCACUGCUGUACCCAUCUAUAAACAUGAAUGGGCCUCCACCUGCUGCUGCUUUAAUGUAGCAUCUACAUGUGAUGUUGUUGAGAUGUUGCAGGUCUAUGGUUGGUUGUUGGUUCAGGAAUUCCAAUAUCAGCUGCUGCAAUUCCAACACAAGGCUCAAAGUUGUAGGAUACCUAAACAAAGAGAUACACAGCAGAAACCAACAGUAGAACUUAAGAUUCAUUUUUUAUGGCUGUUGAAUGGAGUUCCUGGCAACUGCUGUUGUUGCUGCUGUAGAACAUUUGUUGCAGGUGUUGUUGGUGUAGUUGUUGGUCCACAUUGGAGGAGUUCCAAGGUCUGCUGCUGCAAUUCCACUACAAGACUCCAAGUUGUUGUAGUUCUGCAUCCCAGGGGUUGAGGUUGAAGAUCAUAUUCGUCCACGUGGCUAGUUAAGCUUUUUUAUCCGGCGGUGUUUGUGGUGAGUCUUCAUUUAUCGGGGACUAGUCAUCGAGUUGGUUAUUGUUUUAAAGAUUUUUUGUUAUGUUUCAUAUUGAGGGUGAGCUAGGGACUUGUCUUAGUCCCCGCCCAUACUCAUGUGUAAGGCAUCUAGUUGGACAAAUGUUUUGAGUCCAUG